AUGUCAAAAUUUUUUAUUAUUACAGUGUGCCAAAGCAUAGACAUAAGAAAUAGUGUGACUCAAUUUUCAAGACUGAAAGGCUGUCGAGUAGUAGAAGGUUUCGUACAAAUAUUAUUAAUUGACCACGCAGAUGAUUCAGCCUAUGCUAACCUCACAUUUCCGGAUUUGAUAGAAAUUACAGGUUAUCUUUUAUUAUACAGAGUAAACGGCUUACGAAGUAUUGGCCAACUUUUUCCCAAUUUAACCGUUAUCCGUGGUCAUUCGCUCUUCAUAAAUUAUGCACUGGUGGCUUUCGAAAUGAUGCACCUACAAGAAGUUGGCCUAUACUCACUUACUGAUAUAUUACGAGGUUCUGUACGUUUUGAAAAAAAUCCAAUGCUCUGCUAUGUUGAUACUAUUGAUUGGGAUAUUAUCGCUAAAGCUGGGAAUGGAGAACAUGUUAUUGCGCACUGUCAACUCGCCGGGCAAGGAAAAACCCUGCCCUCCAGCUUUUACGCUAUCACUGGACAGAAUGUGAAUGGAGUUGAAUUUAAUUUAAUGUCAAUCUGUCCUCGUAAUUGUUCAAUGUAUCAAACCCCCUAUACAACUCCAUUCAACGACUACGUUGGCCUGGCCGGUAAUAUAAUGACAACCCGACCAGUUGCCCAGCGGGGCCCAUGCGGGGAGGUGUAG